AUGAGCACCAAGUCAUGGCAAGUCCGAGUCCAGCGCGACCUCACGGAGCUGACCAAGGAGCCGCUCCAGGGCAUCCAGGUUUGCACCUAUGCCGACCAGCUCGACCAUAUGUGCCUCGUCCUCUCGCCGCUCAGCGGCCCCUACGCGGGCGUCAACCUCCACCUCGACGUCCGCAUACCAGCUGACUAUCCUCACGGCCCUCCGCAGGUUAGCAUACAGACGCCCGUCCGACACCCCAACGUCUUCGACUCCUACAUCUGCUGCGACAUCCUCAACCCGGUUUCCACGAGGUAUGACUACAAUCCUCAGGGCGGUCAUUGGCAAAUCUACAAUGGCGGUUACAGCCCGGGCUACUUGCUCAAGUACCUCUUUCUCCAGCUUCUCAGCUUCUUUAGUAGCAAGUUUGUGCAGCAGGACUAUGGUGGCAAGGCAGUGGAGCUGGAGAGCUAUUCCCAAAGGGAACGUAGCUUUGACCCCUUGGAUCCAUUGGAUUGGGUGAAGCGCUACUCGUGUGCUAACUGUGGAUUCAAUGUUGCUUUUCCUGGUGUGAAGAGCGCUCCAGAGUCGACUACUGUCACUAGUCCGGCUAUGAUUGAAGGUGAGUUUGAUGAUCAUCUCUCUCUGGUGGAGAGUCCCAACCUUUUCGAGAGGCUGGACACUGAUUGCUGCCUCGAGAUCGUGGACAGGCUCUCAGACCAGGAUGCCAUACGGCUGACUCGGGUCUACAGAGGCGUGAAAGAGCUCGUCAACUCGGAGAACUUGCUGCUGCGCCGGCAGCUGGUUUGCUUCUUUCUGCGCAAGACUUUCAAGGAGAGCGACACGGUCCUGGGGAUUGGAGUGUCGUGCCCCGCCGGCGGUGGAAAGCCCUUUGUGGCAGCGGUUGAUCUCUUCUCAUACGAGGCGUUUAACAGCCAUGGCGUGAGGAAGGGCAUCACGGGCGAGGAUUUUGAUUACUUCCUCCCGCUGGUUCUGGACGAGGAUCACUUCCAGCGUGCCAGACCGCUGAUAGACGACUCGCUCAAGAGCCUUGCUCUCAGCUUCCCCAGGAAACCGACGGCUUCGGCAGCGCCAACUUCGGUGGUUCUCCAGACGCUGCCUGCGCUGAUGAACACCAUGGUUUUCACGCUCGUCCAGUCUUGCGAUCAGCAGAAGAGCGAGCUCAGCAACCACACAGUUGUGCACGCCUCGGAGAAGGCACUACAAGGCUACUGCCUGCUGUUCCACCUCUUCUCCAAGCUGGUACGGGAGCACCAUUACCUGAGACGGGAAAUUCAGCGCAAGGUUGACGCGUUCAUCUCCAAUAUCGAGUGUCGCGGCAAGGAUCACGUCCCCGACCUGGGCGAGUUCUUAACGUAUUUGCUGGUAGCUCCCAAUGCCGUGGAGUGGGACAAAGUAUGCGGGCUGUUCUUGGGCGAGAUUCUCACCAGGAACACCCUCUGGGCCCUGCAGAAGAAGCCAUACCUCGCGUACGUGGAGCCGGACAACUUCCCCUCGGAGGUCCGUCUCCAGCACACGUUUGAGGCAAAUGCCGACGGCCUCAGGCUGGUGAUGUUCCAGAUUUGCUUCUUCCGUAUGACGAGAUCAACGAACUUCGACCAGAGGUACGGGUUCCCAUCGGGCGAGAUGAGCGCGCAGCUUCUCCAGACCAUCAAGGACAUCUACAGCGUCAAGGCAUACGAUGUUUUCCUCCGGAUCUUUGGGUUUCCAGUUGAUCCCGCGGGAUGGAAGUGGAACAUGAUCAAGCUUCUCAAGCAGGCCAUUGUCUCAAGCGAGAAGAAAGGGUAUCAUGUGGUACGCUACUCGAAAGAGGAGCUCUAUAUGCUGCGAAGACCCGUGGAGCCGAACUGCCCUCCUCCGCCAGGAUGGAACAAUCCAAGGCCCCGUUAUAUUGCCACUAAGAGUUUCUUCCCGAAUGAGAACAAGCGUCAAGCUCCCGGACGGAACCAAGGAGAUCACAACAGGCGAAGGUGGUGA